GCAACGCUGCGCCAGAACAGUUGAGUUUGGUUCUCGCUUUAGUACGCGCCGAGUUGAAACAGAGUUGUUUUGAGCAGCUAAUUUCGUGUCACGUCGUUGAUCAAGCAAGUAAAAAGCUGUACCACCUGAGAAACUCGAUAUUCAGCGAAUCGGACGCAAAUUCUAAUAGCUGCGUUAGGCGUUAGUCAUCGCAAAACGCCUGUGACAGUGAUCGCUUUUACUCUCUGCAGAGCUGGCCGGCGCAUAAUUGCAUUUUUUUCACUCUUUGCACUUUUUAGGACUGUCCUAAACGCGACUGGAGAUUUUAAUCGAUUUUAGUGUUCAUAUUCGGACGUACUUCAUGCAGGUAAAUAAGUUUAUCUUUUCGCGUCGCUCGCCUAGGUGCUGAGAAAGGUCGCUCCGUCAUGUACAGCUGACUAGCUCUGUGCCUGCUUUACUUGCGGAACAGCCGAAGCACCCUGCAAUGCUAAGUUAAACACCCUCGUGUCCCUAAUUCGGGACAAGAAGUUGAAAAUAUUGCAGCCAAAUGUCAGUAGACGUUGAGAUGUCUGAUGUGGACGUUUCUGGUGACUCUGACGAAGACGGCAGCCAAUGGGAAACAGAUGUGUCAAUCGCGGGCAGUGACGACACAGUGAGCAACCUGUCGGGAAGUGUCAGCGACCCAUCGGAUGAAGACCGGGAUCUCUUCAUCGACUUUGACGAAGGCACAACAAACAGUUCCACUGGCAUCCAUGUUCAAGUGGAUGUUGGCAACAUGAGUGAUCUCGAAGACUUUGAUGACUCGGACUCAUCAUCCGUUCAGGUGCUCUCAGAAGCAGAACAACUAGAUGUCUCUAGCGUUGUUGAAGUGUGGACUGACCGUGGAGACGAGCUACCCGAUGAAGAUGAUCGAACUCCAUCUCCAGAUGCCCGAUCAGAGCCAGAUGAUUCGGACACUGAAAUCGAAGAAAAUGGCGCACCACAGGUGGAUGUUCCAGUGGCAGUUCCAUCAAGCGAGCAGCAACAGCAGCAGCAGCAGCAGCAACAACAAGCAGUGCAGCCUGUGCCUGCACAUGAACGGAGUGUUUCGGAUGAAGAAGGAACUACCUGCACAAUAUGUUUCGAAGCUUGGACAGCAUCGGGAACCCAUCGAUUGGCAUCGCUGAAGUGUGGACAUCUUUAUGGACUCAGCUGCAUUGAGAGGUGGGUUCGGGGACAGCGUGCCAAGUGUCCCCAAUGUAACGCACCAGCCAGGAGAGUCGAUAUCCGCCCCAUCUUUGCACAGAAGCUAAUGGCGUUGGACACGAUUCAGCUGGACCAGGUCAUGAGCGAGUUGAAUGCGGAGCGCGAGAAGCGAAAGCGCUCCGAGAUCGACGCUGAGCUGAUGCGCCAGAAGUACAAGCUGCUGUUGAACGACUACGAGAAGGUCAAGUCGGAGUAUUCCAACAUGAAGAGAAUGAGGCUUGAGACUUCUGCCUCAAGUCGCAUUGACUGCAGCGCCGGGAGCAGCUCUUCACAACAUUCUCCGGGCAAGUUCACUUUGGAUCGCGCCAUUGACCUCGGUAACAACACGUCGUGUCGAAAUUUGGCUGUCUCUGGGGUGCUGAAUCUGCUGGUGGUGUCGCAGAGCAAAAGUGGCCUUUUCAAUGGGUACGGCCUUCGCAAGGUUUCACUCUUCGACUUGAAGUCAUCCCAGUACAUCUUGAUACACAAGGGUGAAAUCAAGGACAUUGCAUUCCAUCAGCGAGACGCACUUGUGCUCUCGGCCUCCAACGACAAGACGGUCAAGCUUACUGCCAUGAUAAGCGACAGUGUCGUUCAGACUUACCACCAGCCUGUGGAAGCCUGGAGCUGUGCAUGGGACAAGGACGACAGCAACUGCUUUUACGCGGGCCUCCGAAAUGGCUCUGUGUUGAAGUACGACAUACGUGUGACAUCUGAGGCCGUCUGCAAGCUGCCCUCCACCAAUCGAUAUGAGCCCGUGGUGGCCAUGCAGCACAUUCCUAAGGGGCCGUCCUGCGCCGAGGACAGAUGCCCGUCAGGCCUGUUGGUGUCCCAGUUUCAGAUGUGCUCCUUCUUCGAAAAGCAGACUGACACAGAGUUUAAGGUGCACCCUCUCCACAUGGAAGGCAACUGCAUUUCUAUCAGUUACGAGCACAAUACACGGCACCUACUGAUGAGCUGCAGACCAAGUGCUAGGACUCCCUACAUGACACACUCUAUAUGCAACAUGCUCUUCCCGAUGGCAGAUGAAGGCAGCCGCUGUGCCUUCAAUGUUGUCCAUGUGUUCAACGGAGGUCCCACUCAGGUGCAGCUGUCGAGAUCGUGCAUCUGCCUCGACCCUGAUGAUGCUGCCAACUUCUGGGCUGUAGCUGGUGAUGAGUCGUACAAACAGGUUCUUGUGUGGGAUGCUUCAUCGGGCAAGCGCAUUCACCAACUGCCAGUCACCAACCCUGUGCUGGAUGUGUGCCCUGUGACAACUCCCCUCGGCUGGGGUCUGGCUGCCCUCGCUAAGAACACCCUUUCACUUUACUCCUGGAAACAUGGUGUCAACUAAGUGUCAUAUGUUGAAAGGCAGUGUCAAACUCUCACCGAACAACGUCAGGCUCUGCAAAGUGGACCUCUUUGUAUGGCGCCAAGCAAAUUGUUGUCUGGUUGCAACUUGCAACUGUUCUGCCCGUCAUCAAAUCUGUACAUAGAAAAGGAACGUUGAAAUUGUGCUCUCAGGGGUCUGUGGUUAGAGGCUGUUAUUGCAUGUCAUAAUCCACUUCUUGUACAGCGCAGUUGUUUGGCUGAUAGGUAAGCUCAUUUCUCGUUGGACGUUCAGCCGUCAGGCGGUGAACUUGACACACUGGGCAAAGAACCACCUGUGUGCCAUCCUGUGGAUGCAGUGUGAAUCAUGUCACACACUGCACUUACGAUAUGUGUGAUAAGAGGGCCCUGGGUUGAUGUUCAGGUUUUGCUGUCAAGCAUAGCACUGUCAAGUGUCUCAUUGUCACAGCUGCCAUCCCCCCCCCCCCCCCCAAGCUGAACAUAGGCAUGCUCUGGACCAGAGUGCAUGUGCAGUAAGGCAAAUGACGCUAAAGCCUUGACAGCCUUUAAAAACACCAACUUCCUUUUGACUUCAAGACACAGUAUACAGUGCUACAUUGCAUGGUUCCAGGGGAUAGGCUAGACACUGUUGUCUGAAGUUGGCUGUACUAAUGAGAGAUUGUCUUGCUCUUCAGUCCAUUAUAUACAUUUAAAUGUUCUGCAUGUGUCGUAUUUAUUGUGGGGUGCCUCAACUUUGUCAACUAGAUACUGUUGUUUGGGUACGAACCUACUUUAGAUUCCCUUUAAAGCUUCAGUUCGGAGCAGUUCUUGCCAUGAGGCUUUGACACAGCUGUCAGAUGCAGCUAAGGUACCUGGGGGUAUUGGGGGCUGAGUCAGUGGUCAUGUUUUGCCGAACAUUGAAUCGUGGCAGGAUGAGUGUCAUAAAAAUUUACUUUUGCAUAAUCAGUAAGUGCAUGUCUCGCAUUUCAUUUGGAACAUGGCUAUAUGCAUAUCACAGGAAUUUACUUCUUUGUGAUCAAUAAGGGCAACUCUCAUAUAUUUCAAUGCGUUGUGGCUUACCCAAAGCAGCUAAUGCCGUGACAUAGAUUGAGUCUAUGCCUAGGCCUGUCUCAUGAGCCAUAAAAUUUUCUUGUACAGUUCAUUUGUAUAUUACCUCUGCAAAAUACUGUACAUUGUUGGCUUAUGUACUGAAGAUCUCCUAGAGCUGUUACUUGUGCCAAAAGGUAAACUGGGAAGCUGUUACGGAAGCUAUGACAGGUUGAGUAGCAUUGUAAGUGAAAUGUGGACAUGCCAUCACUUUGCACUUCUACAUCAUAAACUUGGACAACAUUGUACAAAGCACCUUGCACUCAUCACCAUACCUGCCUCUCGACAUCUGCAAUUUUUUUCCUUAGGAGCACACUUGAAACAGUUGUCGAUAACCAGCGACCUCUGUUAUACAGCUUGAAGUGUUUCCUUGUCUGAUCUGAAAGCAGAGUUAGCCUUAAGAAGAGUUUUUGCAGACCUGCGUGUAUGUUGGUGCACACAAUCAUUCUCAUAACUAGCAUCAAGUUAGCCUCAAACAGGAUCGGCAUCUAUACAGGAAACAUUGCACAUUCACAUGUCUUUCUUAAGAGUUCAGAGUAAUUUUCUUUUACCGCUCCUAUUUUAAGAUGUGCUGACGACAUCAGCUGAAGUUAACAAGUGUCUGUGACGAGCACCUUGUGGCAGGUCAGGUGUGACUGCUUGUUUCUGUGAAUGUUGUUAAUGCUGAACAUUUCGUCCGCUAUUCUCAGUUCUCUUCAGCAUGCAAGUUGAUCAGCUUGAUUCGGUAUUGAGCAGUUAGUUGAACAACAGUGUCAGUGCACUUUCCAGGUAAAGCCAGCUAUCAUGGGAAUGGACUCCAACAUGUCGCGUCUCACAACUGUAAUGUGUCAGAGUGGUUCUCUUCAAGGUUAUUGUUUGUUUUCGUUUAUUCUCUUGCGUGUCUAUUCCUAUCUUAUCUCUUUGGCUAAGGAACGCGCCGUGCACAGUGACAAACCAAAGCAGUACCUCCAUCGAGGAUGCUGGACAGAUGGCUUUGGUUCUUGGAGGUGUCUGUCUCCUUAAUGAGGUUGCAAAGUGUACAUAAUAUAUAAGGUGUGUGCACUCGCCUGUGUCUCACACUCGGGGAAGGGGGGGAACAAAACACGAUGGUGCUUCAGCAAAGCAUGUAAUAAUCACACAUUUAAACAAGUGUUUGAAGGUGUUACUCUUGUGUGUACAUAUACGUACAAUAGUUUGCGAGCACCCUGGUGUGAAUCAAUAAAUGCUUUGUGCGUGAGUUUUUAUUAA